GGAUCUCCUGACUGUGUCCAUAGUACAUCACCUGCAUUGAGUGCUUAAUCCCGGUGCCAGUGGGUGUAGAUAGUCGAAACUAGGCAGCAUGCGUCGGAGCCGUACUCUAUGCUGCUCAGGAGCUUGAGGGUUCAAUAUGCGCACCGAGCUUGGUGGAGAUACAACACACCUGCGUGUGCGCGCUCUUUCAGCGACCAUGGCGGACGAGUGAAUGAGGCGCUGAAGAUCCUCUUCUGCGGCGCCGAUGAUCUUAGCAUCAAAUCCUUAGGCGCAUUGAGCGAGCUACAACAGAGCUCUACCGGGCUCAUCGAAUCCAUCGAUGUGGUCUGCAGACCGGACAAGCCUCGCGGCCGCGGGCUGAAGGUCAAGCAUGAAGUCCCAAUCAAGGCUGCGGCUUUCAGACGUGGACUACAACUUCACCAGUUGGAUACUUUCACCGGCUGGUCGCCUCCCAAGGACUAUGAUCUGGUCGUGGCAGUCUCCUUCGGCCUGCUCGUUCCGGGCAGACUCCUUACAGCGGCGAAGUAUGGCGGCUUGAACGUCCAUCCUUCCCUCUUGCCAGAGUUUCGAGGCGCAGCACCUAUCCCACGCGCGCUGCUUAGCGGAUGUACUGUCUCAGGAGUCACGCUGCAGACUAUGCAUCCAACUCGCUUCGAUCAUGGCACGAUCUUAGCUCAGGAAGAAAUGUCACUCGACCCACUACCCUCAAAUGGGGAGAAGUCUAUCCUCGACAAUGCCAUUGAGCGCAUGGGCACGGUAGGCGCUCGCAUGCUGUCAGACUACAUUCGACACCGGAGGUAUGAGCAUCCUGCGCCCGCUUUCAAUCUCAAGCCACGCCAGCCAUCCAAUGCCCCGAAGAUUACUCCUGAGGAUCGCCAUAUCGACUGGAAUACCUGGACUGCUGAUAAGAUCCUCCUUCGGGAUAGAGUCCUCGGCAAACUGUGGGACACUGUGACGUUCGGCAAAUGUAUGUGGCCACGCGAGAAAAUUCCGCAGCCGAAGCGCAUGGUGUUUCACGGUCCUUGGACGAUAAUGAAGUCCGGCCGCGAGAUGAUAGAAGUCAACCCUGGUCAGCCACUGGCGGUUUCGCAAAACGGCAACGCCGCUCCCACGCUCGGUCUUCAUACGAAAGAUGGCAAGGUCGUCAUGCCUUCGGACGUAACGAUAGAGGGUAAGAAAGCGGGUACUGGCUUGCGGGGUCUCGUUGGAGCAGUCGUAGAGAACACCAACACAUGCAUCGCGUCCGUCAACAGCCGGACUUGAAGCUCGACUACAAAGAUAGACUCGCUGACAGCUAUCUUCCGCGCUUUCAACGUCUGCG